AUGACCGAAGAAGUUGAAACGGUAGAUUUGACACCACAAACAAAAAGUUCAGAACCAUUGUCAAAACCUGUCAAAGAACUUACAGAUGAAGAGAAAAAUUCAAUAAUAGAAAGUGCCAGGUCUGGAAAUACAAACCCUAACUACAAAGUCACUUUUCAUAAAAAUGGAACGGCUAGUAUCUCAAAAAAGAAACAGACUCUCACAAAUAAAAUAUUGAAGUCUGAAGGAGCUUUCGAGACAACAGAUGGAAAAGUUUACUUCACUGACCAACAGUUCAUUAUAGAACAUCUCAUUGACUUAGAGUCGAAAUAUUCUAAACUUUACAACAAACACAAAAAGUUGAAAGGAAAACAAAAACAAAUGGCAUAUGAUAUUUAUGAAGAUGUUGACGACACAACUGUUCCUGCAAGUGAGGUAAAGUCAAAGGAACCGAAAAGUGACGAAAAACCGAUAGAAGAAGAAAAACCAAAAACUGAAGAUAAACCAAAAACUGAAGAUAAACCAAAACCAAAGUUUAGUUUCCAAACUAAACCAAGUCAACCUUCAUUAGCUGGUAUGGGUUGGCGUCAAAGACUUAUGGCAGCAGGUGGUUAUGUAAAGUAA